AUGUCAUCAAUUACUGUAUCAGAAGUUCCUGGCCACAUCACAACUGCUCAACUCAGACGAUUGUUUCAAUAUGCUGGAACCAUCUCAGCUAUUGUUCCAAUGAAACGGGAUACAAUACAGAAUCUACGUCAGUACGAAAUCAUUUACAUGUCGCCACAAGCUGUUCCCACUGCUCUUUUGCUAGAUGAUGUGGAGAUAGAGCAUGGUUACUUCCUCCGAGUUGAUAAGUUCCAGGAACGGCCCUUGGAAAUGAAUGGGUUCGCCAGUCAUCACAAUGGACGGCCGACAUUACAACAAUUACGUAAAGAAGACAUUGCAUUCACUUUGGACUUUGCUCAUGGGCGAGUGUUUGGUCUGGAUACUAGUGACUCGAGUUGGGAUUCUGUCCCUACUGCUGAUAUUGGUCAAGAAUACAAACCAAAAUCAGUUGUACUCGCUGAAAUAAUUGCAGGAGGGUAUGACAUUGCUGAUGCUAUUAUAGACCGCGGAGUUAGGUUCGACAAGAGGUAUGGAAUUUCUCCAAAAUACCAAGCAUUUAUUGAUUCUCUUAACAACUACUGUUUGAAAGGUGAUAUGAAAAAAGCUUAUGAAAGUGAGCAGCUAAAGAAAUACUUUGAUGAUUCUAGUGUUGCUAUGGGUACGACUCCUCAGUCUGUCGACUCUAAGGUUAGCCCUUUUUACAAGAGUGUUGAUCAUGCUGAUGUCAGGGAGAUUCGUAACGAAGCGUUGAAAGUGGCACAAAUUGGUACGAGAAAUUCAGGACGAGCCGUAAUUAAAACCUGA